AUGUCAUUUGGACAAGGGAAAGACUCAUCACAGUUGCAACAGUUCGUUGUCGGAGGUCUCUCCGGAAUGGCUGCCGCUGCAAUCACACAUCCAAUCGAUUCACUAAAGGUUAGAAUGCAACUACAGGGUGAGUUGGAGGCUGUCGCACAUCCAACACCAAAUGCAACAUCUACUACAACGACAACAAAGAUCCCUCAGUUCAAGCCUGAGAAAGGUUCACUCAAGAUGUUAUCACAUAUCAGUGAGACUGAAGGAUUGUUCACCUUGUACAAGGGUCUGUCUGCAUCACUACUUCGACAAGGAACAUACACAACUACAAGGUUUGGACUUUAUGGAGUGUUUAAGAAUAUGUUGGUUACAGAUAGCGUUGGUACUGCCGACCCAUUCCCCUUCCACAAAAAGGUGCUGGUUGGUAUGCUAGCUGGUGCCGGUGGUGCAAUCGUUGGUACACCGGCAGAUGUUAUAAUGGUGCGAAUGCAGGCUGAUGGCAAGCUGCCACCUGCACAACGAAGAAACUACACUGGUGCAUUCAAUGGACUGUAUAGGAUCACAAAGGAAGAGGGUCUGUUCAGUCUCUGGAAGGGAUGCAGUCCCAACCUUAUCAGAGCGAUGUUUAUGACUGCAGGACAGAUCGCAUCUUACGACCAAUCCAAACAGAUGAUGUUGGCAUCUGGCUAUUUCCAGGACAAUGUUAAGACACAUCUAAUUGCCAGUACAAUAUCAGCGUUCGUUGCAUCGUUGGUCACCAGUCCAAUCGAUGUCAUCAAGACAAGGAUUAUGAAUGCCAAGAAGUCAACACCAGCAUCAUCCACCGCGACUACACCUGGUGGCGUACAACAGCCACAACCUGUAGUCUACAAGGGAACGAUUGAUUGCUUUGCAAAGACAUUUAAGUCCGAAGGUAUUGCAGCAUUCUAUAAGGGAUUCGGACCGUACUUCAUGAGACUAGGACCUCAUACGAUACUGACGUUCUUGUUCAUGGAGCAAUUGAACAUUCUGUGGAAGAAGAGUUCAUUGUAUGUCUCCAACAAGUGA